AUACAGCAGUCGGGUGCCCGCUUGAUUGCUAUCAUUAGGAGAAUGUCAUAUUGAUUGGAACCCCUGGAACCAGUGUCAAUUUCCAUAACUGACUUGUAAAAUACAAGCCUGCUUUCCAUUUCUGAUACUUUACUGCAGAUGCACCAAAUAAGUGUUCUACCAUUUCAAGGAUUUUUCCAGAGGCUAUAUUUACAUGUGGACUUAAAUCGUUACUUAAGAAGUGAGGAUCUAAAGCUGGGAUCAAUGGUUAUCUCUGUAAAACAGGAUUGAUGACAGACUGUGUGACACUGGUUGGGUGUGAUGGAUGGGGCCUGGUCACUCUCGCUUCAUGUGUGCAGACUUCAUGUCCCACAUUCAGUGACUCUCUCAUACAGAUAGUGCUGGUGUCCAGGGCAAUAGAGGUGGGUGAUGUCCAGUGGCAAACUUGGUAGUGGACAUUGUGAGCUUUAGAGUGGACAUUACCUGUUUGUGGGGGCAGUUUGGAUGACCAGGUGCUGAACAGUGUAUCGGAACAUAACUGUGUGGUAGGGACUGGUGUAAUGGUCACCACUUGAAAGUGACAUUGUUUACAACCUACAGAAGUGAUAGAUAGAGAAGUACUGUGUUGGCAGUCUGCUGGACAACAAGACAGGACUGGACAACUGAGUUUUGAAAAAGCCAAGGGGGAACCUUUUUACUGGCUGUUACCUGGAGGUCAAGGUAGCACUCAGCAGCCUAGUAGAAGUAGUCCUGAGGUAGCAUUCCACAACCAUGUGUGGCUGCUGUGGAGAUGAUAAGAGUGAGGACAAGGCGGACCUCGCCCAUCCGGUAAAGAACCGUGGGUGUACAGACAUCAUCGUCCUCCUCCUCUUCAUAGCCUUCUGGGCUGGAAUGAUAUUUAUAGCGGCAUUCGGCAUUGUGAAUGGUGACGCCUUCAGACUGGUAUUCGGCUAUGACAGUUUUGGCAACACCUGCGACAGUGAUAACUCUGACAAGAAGAUUGAAAAUGUAUCACUUUCCGGCUUCAACACAAAAGGAAGACCGUAUGUGUUUUUCAUGGAUGUAAGCAACCCGUUCAAGUCAAAGGCGAUAUGUGUAAACAAGUGUCCGGACAAUGACCAGCAGACUCUCGGGGAUGUGGAGUUGUUCUCCCAACAGACUGGUUCCGAGUUGUGCGAAUAUGAUAUCCCUGUUGGAGAGUAUCACCUGCAGACCCAGUCUGCACGGGGACCUUGUCCUCUCACCCCCCUCAAUGCCAGCUCACCGUUACUGUUCUAUUGCAUUCCAAAGGAGUUGAAGAAACUAAGUUAUCACAUGAAGAACAGUUUAAUAGGAUAUCUUAACACAAGGGACGUGUUCCAGAAAGUUCUUAGUGAUCUCAUAAACGCGUGGCAAGAGAUGAUAUUGCUGUCCCUGUUUGCAAUAGCAUUUUCGGGGAUAAUGGUGCUGCUGAUCCGGUUCCUGGCCUCAUUCAUAGUGUGGAUCAUUCUUGCCGUGGCCAUUGUCGGAUCUAUUGCGGGAACGGCAUUCCUGUGGUGGACGUAUGUGGACAUGAAGACAGAGCUGGACAAGGAAGAGGCCAUCAACCUGCCACUCCUCGAUGUUGAGAUCAACAGUGAACGAGCCUUUCUUGUCUACUCCAUCAUUGCCACAGUCCUUACUGUGAUCCUGUUGUUGAUCAUCCUGGUGAUGAGGAAGCGUAUCUCAUUGGUGGUGGCGUUGUUCCAUGAGGCUGGACGUUGCAUCUCGGCCAUGCCCUGCCUUCUCCUUCAGCCUGUGUGGACCUUCAUCUGCCUGCUGGCAUUCUUCAUGUACUGGGUCAUUGUCCUGGCUUUCCUCUCCACUUCAGAGAAGCGCAGUGUGAAUGCAGAGGGAUAUAUAGAGUACACGGAACAUGAGACUGUGUCAUACAUGUGGUGGUAUCACCUGAUUGGUCUCAUCUGGACCAGUGAGUUCAUCAUCGCCUGUCAGCAGCUUGUUGUGUGUGGGUCCGUCGCCACAUGGUACUUUGCCAGGGACAAGUCAUCACUGGGCUGCCCUAUCGGAGACGCCAUUCGGCUGCUUAUCUGCCACCACCUGGGCUCGGUCGCGUUUGGGGCUCUUGUAAUCACCCUUGUUAAACUUCCCAGGAUGAUCCUCAUGUGGCUACAUAAAAAGUUGAAGAAUUCUGAGAACAAGUGUGGAGAGUACUGUAUGAAGUGCUGUAUCUGCUGCCUCUGGUGCCUCGAGAAGUGUCUCAAAUAUCUCAACCAGAAUGCCUACACCAUUGUAGCAAUUGAAGGGAAAAAUUUCUGCCAGUCUGCAGCAAAGUCAUUUACAACCCUAGUAAACAACGCCCUGCGUGUGGCCGCUAUCAACAGUGUGGGUGACUUUGUGCUCUUCCUUGGAAAGAUCGGUGUCAUGGCAGCCACCGCUGCAGUCGGACUGCUCUGGUUCAAGAGCCGGUCAGACCUGCAUUACUAUGCCAUUCCGGUGCUUCUUGUGUGUGUCUUCUCCUAUCUCAUCGCUUCAUCUUGCCUCUCAACAUACGAGAUGGUGAUAGACGCGAUGUUGCUGUGUUUCUGCCAUGACUGCGACAUUAAUGACAACUCACCAGAGGGGCUGUAUGCUGGCGAUUCUCUAAUGGACUUUGUUGAUGGCACUUCAAAAGAACUCAAUGCAAAUAGGCUUAAGAAUAUAAGUGAAGAGGAGGCAGAACCAGCAGAAGUUUGAAAUCAGCCAAUGACGGUGUAGGUGUAUCAAAUAUUAACCAAUCAGGAUCCUUGACAGAAACACAAGGAACCAAUAGAAUUGCAGCUUUCAUAGUUGUGGAUUGUGCCUAGUUAUAAUAAGCCUUCUGGUUGACUGGAUACAGAUUAUCAAUGCAGUUUCCUGCAUAUUGAUGUCCAAAAUUCAUAGAAGUGCGGUGGGAUAUUUUUGUACCAUGAAGAUUAUUAACUUAAAAUUUCAGUGUACAAUGCUGAAAAACUGUCAUGACUGAUUCUUGUAAUGAUUGUUAAAUGCGAGAAACUUUAGCUGUCAUUUUUAAGGGUGAAUGAUUCAUGCAGAACUUAAGCAUUCAGAUUUUUCUGUUGUGCAAUAUUGAGUCAAGUGUAUCAUAACUGUCUUUGAACUAUGAAAAAGACAACAUGAUUGAAUUUCCACAUCUAGUUCAUUUCCACAACUUCAAAAAUUGAAAAUUUUUGUACACUGCUUGGUCUAUUUUCUUUUAUAUAUGUGCACUGUACUAGGUUCAAGUUAAUGGUGUAUAACAUUAUAAAAAUUAACUCUGCGUAUGGGCAUCACAACCUACAGUUAUUCAGUAUAACCUUGAAUGUAUUCUGAAAUGAUCAAACAAAAAGUACAGUAUGAAUUAUAAUUAAGUAAUAAUAAAUUCAUUUAUUUUUGUUCUUUAAAGUCUGAACAAAUUCUAAAACUUUAAUCAUGGCAAACAGUUUACAUGCAAAUGGUUUUAACUGGCUGAUUGAUUGAAAUGAAGUAAUUCAUAAAAUGAAGUGCUGUACAUGUGUUCUUUUGAUAAAACUUUCAGUUAUAAAAUGCCCUCUUGUAUCACAGCACAAAAUUAAGAUGUGUGCUGCUUCCCAUUAAAAUGAAACAAUAUAUUCCACUACCGGAAGUUUAGGUCGCAAAAGGGCUUGUCUUUGUUGUUUCAUUUUAAUUAAUGGAUUGUUUUGAACAAUACCUUUAUUUCAUGCAUCUGUUUUUUGUGCAAAUGCAUUUAUUUGGAAUCUGGUGUUUUUAAGUUUUUCUGUUGAAAUUUAUGUUAUUUUGAUUAAUUGUUGCAUAUAUUAGGUUGUACUAUUUUACAUAGUUUAAUUGCACUUUUUGUAUACAUUCUUUUGCAAGCUUGUAUUUUCAUAAUAAUAAUAAUGUAUAUUUUCAAAUUGUAUAUAAUCCAUAUCCUUAAAAUAUUGCUUAUAAAACGUAAUUUUGUUAUAAAAAUAAAUACAAUAACGUUCA